GUCCUGCUUUCACUGCCGGAGCUCAAGGACCACAUAUGUACAAUGGCAAGCAAUCACCAGCCCCCAUCUCGCAACAGGGGACUUUUCAAAACCCGCAACCGGGCACCUAUGGUGCCAAUGGGUAUCCGCAAGGUGCCCAUCCAAAUCCGAGCACACAAAUGAAUGCUUCUCCAGGGCAUUGUUUCCAACCAUUCGUGCCUCCGCAGCAUUCUCAGGCUCAGGAAGGUUCUGGUAUUGCUCAGGAUCAGUCACACGUCCCCCAGGGCAAGCGUACCAUCACACCGGCCUCAGCAAGUCCCCAUGGGCCUGGCGGACAACCGUAUAAUACCCUCCAGCCUUAUGGACAAAUCCAGCCUCAACCCCAACCCACCGCCCCCAUAGUCUUCCAGGCUGUGCCCAACCACCCACACCUCACAGUCUCAUCAGCGCCAGUCAGAUAUCGAGCCAAAGCAGGUCGAGCGGAAGCCGUGUUUACGCCAGUUGAGCAUGUCUUCAAGACCGAACCACCCAAGCCGAAAACUGCGGGCACACGCAAGACCUCGUCCACGAAGGAAGCAGAAGCCUCAUCAAGCUCGGAGAGUGAGGAGGAAGAGGAGGAUGGAGAGACCGAAUUGGACCGUGAAGCUGUCAAGAUCAUGAUCAAGAUGGGGGUUCCCAAGAACACUCCUGAGGCUGUGGAACAACAAGUGGUCCAAAGGGUGUGGCAAGACCAACAUACUGCUUACGACAAAGACAAGACGUCCAAGGCCAUCCAGUGGUUUGGCACGUUUGUUGAUGGCUUCUGGGUUGAAGUUAAACGACUCAAGGACAGCCUCAAGACGGCCGAAGAGAAUGGUGAGAAGGACAAAAUUCCUUCUCUGCAGGCUGCGGCGCGUCGUCAGAAUGAAAUGAUGCAUACCGCCAUUCAAACAGCAGAGAGGUUUGGCGAGGAGUAUCUUGUUUCCAACAUGGGUGGGAAUCGGAAGCUCUGCACAAUCAUGAGAAAUGCGUUGGCCAAUUGCUUCACAACAAAGGACUUCACCGGGCCCUACCCGCGUGUUCUUCUCAAACUCAUGUCCCGAUUCACAACCAUCGACACAGAAUUUCUGUCAAAGCUCAAGCUCGACGCUCUCCGAACAAAAUAUGGCGAGCAGAUUGACAGCGAGAUGAAGGGAUACAUCGAUCAGAUCAUAAAGAAUGCGAAAAUCCGUGAUGAGAAGACGAAGCCAUCCGAGGCCAACAAAGAGCCGAAGAAGGCGGCAACCAGGCCGCUCUCAGCGGAUCCAGCAAAGAAGCCAUUACCCCCAAGCUCAGGCGCGCCAAAGGUCCAGGCGGUGAAGAAGGAAGUCGAAACGAAGAAGCUCGCGCCUGAGAUAAAAAAGAUCGACUAUUCAGGCCUGGGAUCUGCCCGAAAGCUUCCGAAUGGUGCACCCAAGCCCGCCAUCAAUGGUUCACCCAUCAAGAGACCUCGCGACGAUGAUCCUGAUUCACGAACCGCUAAAAAGGUUGCGGUGGAGGGAAGUGCUGGCGCGCCGACGACUAAAGCCUCCAAUGCCAACGUGUCCGCACCAGCUGGCCCCGGGGCACAGCAAGUGACUGCUUCGGCCAAGCCCAAGCCUUCCGCAACGAUACUGCCCGGCAAGUCACGGACAAUUGUCAAGCCCGUUACAAAGAGACCCGAGCCUGCAGCACCCAGCGCGUUCUCCAGUAUCAGCGGUCUUCUGGCAGAGAUUGCCAAACCCAAAGAGGCGCCAAAGGCUCGGGAAGAACCCGAACGUGCGCCAGAGACACCCGAAGAGACAGCUCGCCGACUCCGGAAAGAGAAGCGUCGCAAGCUUCGCGUUGUGUGGAAACCAGACGACCAGCUCGAGGAAGUCCGGAUCUUCACGCACGAUGCAGCAGAGGACGAGGGACGUGGAACCAAUAUGUUGCGUGAUGCUCGGGACAACCGCUCCGAGGGACAGAUGCUGAAAAUGGGUAUCCGGGAUGACGAGGAUGAUGCCGAGGACGAUGGCAAGCCUCGCGAAAGUAGCCUACGGGAAUGGGUCGUACCCAACAUGAUCAGCUUCGACCAGAUUGGAGAAGCGCAGCGGGAUAAGAGUUUUGUAUCACGUGGUGGUGUUAAGGACAUCAGCUCGGAGCAGAGGAAAUUUAUGGAAGAGUACGAGAGCCGAGAGCUGAUGGCCGUCUAUACGACCGCCGCAGAGAUUCCGGAAACACCACGAUCACCGCCUCAGAGAGCCCUGUCUGAGAUGGAAACCACACCCAAGGUUGCCGUUCUGCCGUCAGACACACCAAAGAUGCAGGAAGUCCAUCGCAGAUGGGCAGAGUUUGGCCAAUACGGCCCGGUUGCGGCUCAGCAAUUGGCGCUGUCAAGACUUGGCCUCGAUCAAUCGGGCUCGUCCAAGGCGGCGUUUGAGCAGUCUAGACCGAGCACCGCCUUAGCUCCCGCGCCACGCUUCAUGACCCAAGAAGAGCGCGACGAGGCGGUCCUGACUCUCCUCAGAUCUGACGCCGUCAAGAACUGGAAGGACCCUACACCGUUCGAUCCAGCAAACCCACGGACGCAACGGCGCAACGACUAUGCUGAUCCCAAGCUGCAAGAGGCUGCCGAUGCUAUUGAGGCUGUCUGCGAGAAAUUUCGCGGAAAGCCUUAUCCCCCAACAGAGCCCCCUGAGCACAUCACCGCGCCGGACCGUGCGAGAGAGUGGUGGGCCGGCCACGAGCGCGACGUUGCCUCCAGAGCUGUCAAGGACGCCAAGACUCGUGCCAAAGCUCUGGCGGACGAGCACGCUCGCAAUGCUGCGGUGGCCAAAGCUGCCCAGGAAGCUCAAGCGGCAGCACAGGCUGCCGCCCCUGCUGCAGGCUCCAAUGAUAUGGCGGCCUGGGCUGCCUAUUUUGCUCAGGCGCAGGGCCAACAGCAACAGGGCCAGUCCCAAGAUCCUGCUUAUGCUGCGAUCCUUCAGCAAGUCCAAGCACUUCAGUCCGGCCAACAACAGCCCGCACAACCAGCUCAGGCGACCGCCAACGACGUGCAGUCUCUCUUGGCCGCUCUCGGCGGGCAGACGGCAUCUGCCAGCCAGCCUCAAGGCCCUGUCGAUCCUGCCGCAGCAGCUUGGGCCGCGCACUACCAGAAUCAGACCCAAGCACAGACUCAGGCACAGCCAGAUCAGCAAGCAGCGUGGGCAGCCUACUAUGCUCAAUUUGGCGCGCAGGCACCAGGCAGCAGCAACAACAACAACGCCACCUCUCAGGAGCAGAAUGCUUCCGGCAGCAACCACCCAUCAAGGCAGCACGAGCAGUACCGCGACCACGAGAAUGACCGCAAUCCCAGACACCACGACAACUUCUCGCGCGACCGUGACCGUGCCUCGCGACACCACGGCGGGAAAGACCGCGGCGGCGGCAGUGGCAGUGGUGGUGACAGAGGCGGUGCGGCCGCCCAUAAAGGCAUCAACCGCGCCCUUAUCGGCACCAAGCCAUGCUCGUUCUGGGCCAAGGGCUUGUGCGCAAAGGGCGAUCAGUGUACUUUCCGGCACGAUCCGAAUGAUCUGAAGUGAUUGUGCACCGCAAAAGGAGCGUUGCUUUCUCGCAAGCAGCAAUGGUAUUCAGGGGCGUAAAGUGGGCAGGACGCGACUCACUUGUAAUAUUGUCCGAUCCACGCCAAAAAAAACACGAAGAGAUACGCGGGAACAGGGAAAGCCAGCAGCAGCAUACCUUGAAAUAUCAAACCUUUCAAGCAGGCGUUCUUGUGGUUGUACCAUCUGAAAUUUUGAUAGCUACCACUUCUUCUCGUUUUUCUUUCUCCUUCUUUCUUUUCCUUCUGUCAAAAUACACAAUAGCAUGCAUGGGUGGAUGGAUGAAUGGCCUGGCGGGUAGAAAGCAAGACUCUGAGCACCUGUGAAGGAAGGGAAAAUGAAGAUUAGCUGGCGCAGCUACUGGCUGCUGCUGUACAAAUGAAAAAAAAUUGACACAAAUGAACCGAUCGUGC